ACACAACAAUAUGGCUGUCGAGGAUUUUUCAAAGGGUUGAUUGCAUAUCCCAGUGCGCGAAUUUACGCUGUGGCUGACAGUUGUUAACUUUAUCCUAUUUUAAGUUAUGUCAACAGAUCUGCUAUGAAUAUUGAUUUGAAUUGUUAAUCAACUGGUGUUAAUUAUACUGAGAAAAAUGGAGGUUCCAGAUGAAACAACCCUAUCAACAUCAUACGUUUUCCGCGGAAUAGAAUAUAUAAUCACCAUAAUUAUACAGGGAGGAAACUCGUUAACAGUUGAAGUUGAAGAUCGACUUACAGCAGAUCAAUGGAGAGCGCAGUUUGAUUCUGCAUAUAUUGAGGAUCUCACCCACAAGACUGGAAACUUUAAACAAUUCCAUAUAUUCACCAGUAUGCUGGAAUCUGCUAUCACUCAGAGCAGUGACAGUGUCUCAUUGGACUUGCUCACAUUUGCUGAUUUAGAGUCUCUCCGCCAGAGAAAAGUGGGAUCCACCGCAAAGACAAGCAUUCCUGCCAACAGAACUGUAUCAUUAAAUUCAAAGAGAUACCUCAUUCUGACAUACACAGUGGAGUUUGACAGGAUUCACUAUCCACUACCUCUUCCAUACAUGGGAAAACCAGAUCCCAGGGCAUUACAGGAAACAAUCCGACAACUGAGGGAAGAACUAAAGAGCCUUAGACAUCAGGGAGGUUCUGAUUUUAGAAGUAAAGAAGUAGAAAAACUACAAAAAGAGAACAAAGCAUUACUGAAAGAGAAGGAGGAAAUCGAGGAGGAAUUUCUCAGGUAUAGACGAGAAAUGAAGAACACACCCACAGGGAAUGCUGUCAAGGAAAUAAGGAUGUUGAAAUCGGUGACAAAGAACCUGGAGGAGGAAUUAAUGAAGGAGAAAACUCGGCAUCAGAGGUCAACCAGCAAGAGGAGUCAGGAAUACAGGGACCUCCUGGAGGAGGUUGAAGAAUUAAGAGCAUCAGAGAGAAAUCUUCGAGUCCGAGUCAAAAGUCUCACCAAUGAGUUAGCAGUAUACAAAAGGGACAGAGUCAGGACCUCUAGACCACAAACAAGAGAACGAUUCAACAAUUCCAGAGAGAGGUCAGGGUCAUUCUCCAGGGAACGUUCACUAUCAAGAGACAGAUCGUGGUCUAGUGACCGAUUCUCAACUCGAGAUAGAUCUCUGUCCAGAGAGAGACACUUGUCUAGAGAAAGACCGUCCUCAGCCAAUAACAACAGUCGGUUCAGUAACAGAUCCUCUUCUUCCUAUUCAAAUCGCAACAACUACAAACCCCGAAGUAGGACACCUUCCCCAGCAGGAGCAAGAAAUCCCCGAUUUGAUCCAACAGCUUACAUUAAAGAUAAAGAAAGAAAGAAAAAAGAAGCAUCCAUGAAAAAACAGAGAAAUGUCAGAUCUAAGAUGAACACCUCCAACAGAUCAAAGCCCUCUCCACAACAUAUAUCACGGCCUCUGCGAAACAGAUCAAGAACCUCAUCAUUUGGCAGUGCUGGAGAACUGAGUGAUGGAGGUUUCUCAGACUCCUCCUACUCCAGACUCCGAGUCCUCAACAGAAACUCACAGAGAAAUCACCACAGGAACUCCUCAGUAGAAUCCUCUAAAGGCUCAUAUCUCUCUAGUCCAGACAUUCCUCAGAAAACUCGCAGUAGAACUGGCUCAGGAAGACAGAACAAAGUUCCUGUGUCCAGUACUCCAGAUAAUGAGGUCAGAACACGACGAAAACGACCACAGCACAAAGAAAACAUUCCCUUAAGUGGAGAUGACAGUGAUUCAUUUGAUCGUUCAGCAGAAAUUUCAGAAAUAGAUGCCAGGUUAGCGAGACUUCAACAGAUGAUGAAGAACAGUAUAGAAUGAUGUCACAAAACCUUGUGUAGUUACUAGGUCAGCAAAAAACUAGGUCAACAAAAAACUAGGUCACUGCUCAGCCUCUGACAUUCCCCUCCAUUCAGAGAGUAUUCAUAGAUCCAUAAAGAAUUGCAGAAAUACUGGAUGUUUUUCUUUUCCAUGUCAUAUUUCACAUACAGGAGAUCUGAACUGAAGUUAUUUAGUGCAGAAUGAAAAGUCAUUCAGUCAAACUGAGAAAUUUAGAGCAUUUGACUCUGAAAAAACUUUGAUGGGAGAUAGAAAUGGUAGUGAAAU